GUCAUUUUGUUGAGAAAACACGUGCACCUGUAAAACUAUUAAACAUUGAAUGAGUUUAAGAACACUGAAUGGGCGGAGCUAUCACCAUACCAUCGUAAUCAACCAAUGAAAAAUUCAAUAAGUAUUUACAAACCGCAUAUCAUCAAAUGUGUAUUAUCACUCUAGCUAUAUGUAAGCAUGUAUUUUUUUCAAUCGUAUUUAAGAUUAGACUUGAGAGUUUCGGGACAAUGUUGUUGUCGGAAAGGAUUACUAAUAGUUCGAAUGUGGACAUCGUGCAAAGUACAUCGUUUAAAACGCUUCCUUUAUAAGUAAUGUUCAUAGUGUUAAAAAAAAAAUCAGUAUUUUUUUAUCUAUUGUACAAUUAUUUUUAACAAUCGAUUUAAAUAAAGUAACAAUAAAUAAUAUAACAAAUAAGGGAAUUCCGAAAUGAAUUUAUCAUUUGCUGGUUGUGGUUUCCUUGGUAUUUAUCAUGUUGGUGUGGCAGUGUGUUUUAAGAAAUAUGCUCCACACUUACUUUUGGAUAAGAUUAGUGGUGCAUCGGUUGGUGCUAUCGCUGCUUGUUGUCUUCUUUGUGAUUUACCCCUCGGAGAGAUCACAAGUAAUGUAUUACGCGUUGCACGUGAAGCACGUCAACGAACUCUUGGUCCAUUUAGUCCAUCAUUUAAUGUACAAGAAAUACUAUUAGAAAGUUUACAAAAGUUUCUUCCUAAUGAUGCUCAUAUUCGUGUGAGUGGUAAACUUCAUGUUUCCUUAACAAGAGUAUACGAUGGAAAAAAUGUAAUUGUUUCACAAUUCUCAUCUAGAGAAGACUUAUUACAAGCAUUAUUGGCCAGUGCAUUUGUUCCCAUUUUUUCUGGUCUUUUACCACCAAGAUUUCAUGGUAUUAGAUACAUGGAUGGUGGUUUUAGUGAUAAUCUUCCAACACUUGAUGAAAAUACUAUUACUAUAAGUCCUUUUUGUGGAGAAAGUGAUAUUUGCCCUAGAGAUGUUUCUUCUCAACUUUUCCAUGUCAAUUUUGCAAAUACAAGUAUAGAACUUUCAAGACAAAACAUAUAUAGGUUUGCAAGAAUACUUUUUCCACCAAAUACAGAGAUACUUUCAAAUAUGUGCAAACAGGGAUUUGAUGAUGCAUUAAGAUUUCUUCAUCGUAAUAAUUUACUUAAUUGUACUCGAUGUUUAGCAGUACAAUCCACAUUUGUUGUUUCAGAAACUCUUGAUGAUAAUAUGGAUUAUGAUCCUGAAUGUUUAGAAUGUAAAAUGCAUAGACAGGAAGCAUUGGUAUCUAAUUUACCUGAAACAGUUAUGACCAUAUUUCAAGAUGCAAUUGAUUCAGCUAAUAAAGGUUUAAUUAAUUGGUUAUUUAAACAUCGAAGUGUAAAACUUUUGUCGUUACUUAGUUUACCAUGUACAUUGCCAGCAGAUGUUGUGUAUGCAACUUUUACAAAUCUGAUUGGUAACAAGAUAGAAAGUCAUACCUUGGAAUACAAUAUAAUUGGCAAUAUUCUUCAUACACCUCCACAGAUGAUUUCUUGUGCUAAACAUAUGACACCUUCUCGAUUUAUUUUGAAUGUACCUAAAUUACAAAGAAAUCUAUUAGAAUUUAAAAAAUUUUUCUUAAAUCAAUUAAAUAUGUUAUUUCCUAAAAUCAAUGUUUAUUACCAACAAAUGCCACAGACUAUUAAAUGUCAAUUAGCUAUCACAGAAUAUGGUUCAAAUAUAUAUGAUAUGGAAGCAGGAGAAAAAACUGAUAAUUUAUAUAAAAAUAAAAAAAAUUUAAAUUUAACAUUACAAUAUAAUGAAUUACAACCAUGGAAAGAUCAUAUUAAUACAUCAAAUUGUGUUAUAAAUAUGUCUAAUCUUUCAACUGAUGAUACAUUUGAAAAUAUUCUUCAGGUAACUUCUGAUCAAGAAGCUGUAAUGGCAUACUAUUAUAUGGAUGAUAACAACAAAGUACAAGUCACAGAGAUAUUUGAUGUUACGGAUUCUGAAUCACAUGCAAUGUUAUCCAUAGAAGAAGUUGAAAAUAAUACAAAAUUACAAUUUGAUGAAUGGGAUGAACCUACUUGGUUAUCUCAACAUACAUUUAAUGAUGUUGCAACAGAAUCUGAUGUAAAUCAACAAAGUAUUGAAAAUUUAUCAGAAAUGUCUCUAGAAGAUGAUAUUUUGGGUAUCUUGAAUACAUCUUCUGAUCCAGAGAGUGAAUGGGAAAUAAGUAAAGAGUUACAAACAAUAAAAAUUUCCAAAUCAUCCAAUACUACUCGAUUAGAAGUAGAUUAACCAUUAUUAAAAAUUAAAAGUAAAAAAUUUUUUUUUAUUUGAAGUAAGAUAUGUGAGUAUAUGUACAUAAUAAUAUAUUGUUGUUAUAUUAUUUAUAGUCAAUUAUAUGUAUAGUCAAUAUACUUUUAUAACCAAUGAUAUUGGUGCUAUUAUAGAAAAAGUUAAUACUAAUGCUCAAAAUUGAUAAUUUUUUAUAAUAUUUAAACAUUUAUCUAGAACAAUUAAAACAAAAACUUUUAUAAAACGAAAGCUGCAAGUUUAUAAUUUAGCAAUUUUAUAGUUUAUAAUCUGUGUUAUGCACUAUAAAUAAAAGAUAUAGUGUAAGCAAUAUGAAAAUGUGAUAUAAAUGUAUAUAAAGGAAUUUUUAACAAAUUAACGAAACAUAUAUAGUAGUUUAUUAUUAAUACAUUUUAGUAAAAUA